AUGGAAAUGGAGCUUGCAUGGAAGAUACCACGGGAUCACGUGAUGAAAACAAAGUCGGAAGCUGAGAUGACGCUGGAAUGGCAAAGCAUUGUCAAAAGCUCAGUGAUAAGCCGCAUUUUUUUGCUUCGCGAAACAGAUGCUAAUGAUUUUGAUAAAGCUGCUGGGCUUUUAAACAGUUGCAUUGAUGCUCUGAGUCUUACAAAAUGA